UCUCUCUCUCUCUCUCUCACACACACACACACACAUUUCUUCCUAAUCUUCACCUUUUAGAUUUUAGUUGCCGAGAAGCAACCCUCACCAUAACCCCCCUCUCUCUCUUCGUUUCUCUUUCAUCAUAUACAUACAAUUACAUACACACAGAAAUCCCCCAGCUCCCUCUCCCCCUACCAUUACCCCUCUCUCUCUACCUCUUGAAUUACAAGAAAUAUAGACACCCAGCAAUGACUUUUUUCUGAUUGAGCUGCUUGUUUUAGCUGCAAGUGUUUCCUUGUCUGCUUCAAAAACCCUAAUUUUGCGAUAAGAUGAGUCGGUUGGGGAAUUGGGUCUCGGGAUUCAUCUUUCUGUAAUUAAGGUUGUGUUCUUCCGUUCCCCUUUUUGAUUUUUUUCACGGGUGAAGUUUAUAAUUAUGGAGAGAUCUGAUGGGAGAGAUCUCAAUGGCUUCAUCGACCCAUCAAGGAGCUCAGUUUCUGAUAGCGUGCUGUUUGAUGCAUCUCAAUAUACUUUCUUCGGGAAAGGUGCAGCUGAUGGAGUGGAAUUAGGGGGUUUGGAAGAUGAAAACGAGGAUGUUCCUGCAAUUGGAAGCAGAUUCAAUGGGGAAGAAGAUUUGAACGAGUACCAUUUGUUUGACAAAGAUGAGGGGUCGGGCUUGGGAUCACUAUCGGAUAUAGAUGACCUGGCUACUACGUUUGCUAAGAUAAACAAAGUUGUGUCUGGACCAAGGCAUCCUGGAGUUAUUGGUGAUCGGGGAUCUGGAUCUUUCUCAAGGGAAAGUUCAUCAGCCACAGAAUGGGCACGAGAUGCAGAUUACCCUGAUUGGCUCGAGCAUCACAUAUCCGAUUCUGAAUGUUACGAGGAAAACAAGAGAUGGUCAUCACAGCCCCAUCUCUCUUCACUCUUUCUUUCGGAAUCAAAACCAUUACAGAGAACAUCUUCAUACCCACAGCCUCCGCCACAACCUCUGCAACACUGUUCGAGCGAACCCAUUUUAGUCCCAAAAUCAUCUUUUACUUCCUUUCCUCCACCGGGUUCACAACAGCAAGCUUCAUCUUACAAUAAUAAUAAUAAUAAUAAUCCCUACCACUUUAAUCUGCCUUCACUUUCCGGUGGGUCCCAGUCUUCUCUAUCCACACCAAACAACUCUUCCUUUAAUAGUUCUGCUCUCCAUUUGUCCGGCUUGUCUCGUGGGCUCCGUUAUAAUAGCUCAAACAUGUCCCAGUUGACUACUACGCCAAAUCUCGGCCGCCAAAAUCGACUACAAAGCCAGUGGAGUAGCCAUGCUGGCCUUCUUCACGGGGACCAUUCUAUCCUCGUAAACAAUAUAUUGCAACAGCAGUAUCAGAACGGGCUGCUGCCACCUCAGCUUCUGUCGUCCCCACAGCAGCAAAGGGGACAUUUUUCCUUCAACCCAUCUUUAGCCCAUUAUUCGGCAUUACAAAAUCAAAUCUUCAGCACUUUCCCCUCACCUGCCCAUCUGAGUAAAUACGGAUUGCCCGAAAAGAGAGGUUCGAAGCCCAAGUCGAAUAAAAGCAAGCAGCACUCUGUUCGUUUUUCCCAACAGACUUCCGAUGCCAGCAGCAUCAGGAGCGAGAGCAACAGUCUCCCACAAUUCAGGUCAAAGCACAUGACUUCCGAAGAAAUCGAAAGCAUUCUCAAAAUGCAGCUUGCGGCAACUCAUGGCAAUGACCCGUACAUAGAUGAUUAUUACCACCAGGCCCGACUGGCCAAGAAAUCCUCCGAAACUAGGUCGAGGUCCCGUUUUUGCCCAUCCAAUCAAAAAGAACAGUCUUCUUCCAAAUCACGCAAUAGCACCGAUUCGCAGCCGCACCUCCACGUGGACGCUCUUGGAAGGGUUGGUUUUUCGUCUGUUCGGAGGCCCCUCCCUCUUCUCGAGCUCGACCCGCCUCCCCCUGCUUGUGGAGAAAUUAUUCCCGAGCACAAAUCUUCCGAGAAGCCUCUGGAAAAGGAGCCUAUGUUUGCAGCUAGGAUUACGAUUGAAGAUGGGAUUACUCUUCUUCUUGAAGUCGACGAUAUUGACCGAAUCUUGCAGUUUACUCAGCCCCAAGACGGCGGGACCCACCUCCGGCGAAAGCGCCAUGUCCUCUUGGAAGGCCUGGCCGCUUCUCUUCAGCUAGUUGACCCUUUGGGUAAAAACGGGAAUUCGGUUGGACUUUCGCCCAAGGACGAUAUCGUCUUUUUACGGAUCGCUUCCAUCUCUAAGGGCCGGAAACUGAUCUCGAAGUUUCUACAGCUUCUCCUCCCCGGGUCCGAGCUUGUCCGAAUCGUGUGCAUGGCCAUUUUCCGGCAUUCGAGGUUUUUGUUCGGUGGCCUGCCUUCUGAUACCGAAUCAGCUGGUACUGUAAACGAACUUGCCAAAAAAGUCUCUCUUUGUGUGAGCUGUAUGGAUCUUAAUUCACUCAGUGCUUGUCUUGCUGCUGUGGUUUGUUCGUCCGAACAGCCGCCCCUCCGGCCAGUGGGCAGCCUUGCCGGAGAUGGCGCUUCUGUAAUAUUGAAGUCUGUUUUAGAGAGAGCCACUGUUUUGUUGAGAGACCCUCAGUUUGCUGCGGGUAAUAACUUCAGCAGCAGCAUUCCUAAUCCCGCUCUCUGGCAGGCUUCAUUUGAUGCCUUCUUUGGUUUAUUAACAAAGUACUGUGUGGGUAAAUACGAUAGUAUUGUUCAGUCAUUGAUUGCUCAGAAUGUACCAAGUUCAGAAAUAAUGGGUUCCGAGGCUGCGAAAGCUAUAAGUAGAGAGAUGCCUGUGGAGCUUUUACGUGCGAGUCUGCCACACACAGAUGAAAAUCAGAAAAAAAUGUUAAUGAAUUUCGCUCAGAGGUCGAUGCCAGUUACAGGAUUUAAUUCUCCUGGUGGGAAUAGCGGACAAGUAAAUCCUGAAUACGUACGAGGAUGAGAUGGGUUGGAUUUUACUGAAUUUGUAGAAAGCGUAAAAAAUGGGAGGCUUGGGGGCUCCCGUUUGUUUGCUUUCUCCCUUGUCUGUUUUUAUCUUUUAGUUCUGUUGCAGGGUUUAAAGACCGAAGCUUGUGCACAUCUAUAUAUAUAUCGGGCUGAAUUUUUAGUGCCUAAAGAUAUGCAUUGUUAUUGUUCGGACACUGAAGGUGGCUUGCCUCUCUGAAGUGUCUUUCCCACUCUUCGGUUUGCCUUGCCGGAGGCGGAGGUUUUUCU